GUACUUAAAGUCCCAUCAAUCGCAUAUAUCUAUAUUUGAUACAUCAUUAGUUCUUUCUUUUUACAAACCUUAAUAAUUGGGGUAAAUAUCGUAUAUUUUCAGGAUAAAUCUCCAGUUAAUGCAACUUAUGUGUAAUAAUUCCCACAAGCUGUUUCGUGUCUUAUGUUAACAGAAUUAUUCAGGUUUAUUCAGGUUUAUAAUUCAUAUAGAUAUGGAUCUAAAAACUGUUAUUCUUGUCUUUGUUUUGGCACUUAACUAUAAAAUCAUAGCAGGCCAAGAAGUACCGGAAUGGUGCCGCCGACGUAGUCCACGGUUAAACUGCUUUGUUAACCCGUGUGACGUCAUGAAAUGUCCUGCGUUCCCAAACGCGGUGUGUCUAAAUGAUAAUCCAUGUGAACCAGCGUGUAAAGGUAAUUUCUACAUAGAGGGUAGACCAACGCUGUCCAAAAGAGAAUGCAAAGGGAAAAAGAGGAGAAAGGUGAAGAUUCCGCGUAAGUAUGAAAAUAUAAGAUGGUGUCUAAACACCAAGCCAAGGGUUUGUAAAGAGAAUCCCUGUAAGAUUAAGAAAUGCCCGGCUUAUCCACGUGCCGUUUGCCUAAACAGUGAUCCGUGUGAGCCAUACUGUGUUGGGGAAUAUUACCUGGGACGUCGUCUGCUGUCAACGGACGAAUGUGUUGGAGCUGAAGAUUAA